AUGCUUACUCGUAUUCACCACAAGAUUCACGCAACACGUUAUCCUCGCUACUGUCCAGCGCCAGCUCGUCAACUGUAUGAGCCAGCACCAGGCUCAGCCUAUAGCUUUGAAGUUGAACCACUCAACCCCAGAGCUCCCCCAAUGGUUCCAGAAUCUGAAACGCUUUUGGAUCCAAAAAAUCAUAAAAACAUCAUCUCUACUAAGGGCUCCAACAGAGCCCGUAUGAAGAACGCUAUAAGAAGAUUCUUUAAGCACCUCUUCAAGAAGGAAGAGCCUAAAUGGCUUUCCAAAAAGGUUCUCUGCGAAGAAGAAUGUCCUUCUUUUCUUAAAGAUAAAAGAACGCAGAGAAGGUUCUACAAGACCAUUUUUCGUAGUUUUGUUGACCCAAUUACUUGCGAAUUGCCCAAGUACACUGCUCUUAAGGAGCAAAUGGAUACUCAGCUUCCAUAUACUUACCCAGACUACUUUGCUGAGCACUCAGAAGCCUCUUCUAUUCAGAUGGAGGAAGAAGAUGCUGUCCUGAUCCAGGAUUCUGAGUUUGGUUCCUUCGUGGAAUCCACCUUCUUGGUAACUCCAGAGCAACUGGUUUCCAACAAGCCAGCUCUGUGUAUGGCUGUGGGUUCUCUUUCCCCAUACCACCAGUUUAUGCUGUUGCUUAAACUCACCCAAUCUCUGAAUGGUACUAUUAUGCCUUCAGCUAUCAAUGCAGCCUUGAGUAGCAUUGCCCAAGCCAAACCUUAUGAUCUCAAGAUCAUCACCACUUCUUCUCCUAUCCAGAAAAGGCAAGUGGAACCAACCAGUCCCCUCAAAAUCAUUGAAGUUCUUGCUUCACCUCUGGCAUCGAUGCCAGAAUCCCCAGUCAUUAUGGCUCCUCCUUUGUCUCCAUUCAAAACAGGCAAACAGUCAAUUGUGGGCAACAGAAUCAAGGACACACUUGAAAGACUCAAGCAGUGUGCUGAUUCCAAGCAAAAAGCCCCCGUGGACAAGCAAUUGGAGAAGGCCAGGUUCAACAGGAUCGCUUUCCACCUGUCGAGGCAAUUGGGCCUCAGAUGCGGGAAGCCAUGA